ACUCUCUUCCAAAAUACAUCAUCCAGGAGGAUCCUCUUGAUGGGGCUGUCCAUAUCGGCAGACCGUGAUAUGGCCAUUUCUUGGAGAGACUCCUACCCCUCCCUAACGGGUGUUGCUGGACAGCUUCAAUGUGGUGCUCUUAUUCUUCUCACUUUGCUUGGUGAGGUAGAUUGCUGCUAUAACUUGAUGACCCUUCACAUACUUAACCAUUUCCUUGACUCUCUUGUAGUGUGUAUCCAUUGUUUUCAGUGCCAUGAUGUCAUUGAGGAGCAGAUUCAAUGCAUGCCAGCACAGCCAAUGGGUGUGACGUGAAGGUGUGAGCUGUGACGCGUGUUUAAAAGGGAACUUCAGAGGACGCCGGUACAAGUGUUUAAUUUGCUACGACUACGACCUGUGCGCGUCGUGCUACGAGAGUGGCGCCACCACAACGAGACACACGACAGAACACGCCAUGCAGUGUAUAUUAACCAGGGUAGACUUUGACCUGUAUUACGGCGGUGAGGCGUUCUCAGUAGAGCAGCCCCAGAGCUUUUCUUGUCCGUAUUGUGGUAAAAUGGGAUACACAGAGACAUCCCUACAGGAGCAUGUUGCCUCCGAGCAUACAGAGACCUCCACAGAGGUGAUCUGUCCAAUAUGUGCUGCGUUGCCAGGCGGGGACCCCAAUCAUGUGACCGACGACUUUGCUGCUCAUCUCACACUUGAACACAGAGCACCUAGAGAUUUAGAUGAGUCCAGCGGCGUCCGGCACGUGCGUCGGAUGUUCCACCCCGGUCGCGGGCUGGGCGGUCCCAGGGCACGCAGGACCAACAUGCACUUUACUAGCAGCUCCACUGGGGGGCUCUCCUCCUCACAGAGCUCCUCGUACUCACCCAGUAACAGGGAAGCCAUGGACCCCAUAGCAGAGCUGUUGUCUCAGCUGUCGGGCGUGCGGCGCUCGGCGGGCGGCCAGCUCAACUCGUCGGGCCCGUCCGCAUCUCAGCUGCAGCAGUUACAGAUGCAGUUGCAGCUGGAGCGCCAGCAGGCCCAGGCGGCCCGGCAACAGCUGGAGACGGCCAGGAACACCACGCGACGCUCCAACCCCGGUGGCAACAUCAGCGCCACCAUCCCCCCGCCCAGCGCCGUCGCCAACUCGGCCGGCGUGGCCGAGAGCAACCCCAUGGCCUCCCACAGCUCCCAGUUCCUGCUCACACGGUUAAACGAGCCCAAGAUGUCGGAGGCGGAGCGGCAGGUGCUGGAGGGCGAGCGCGCCGACCGCAGCCUGUUCGUUCAGGAGCUGCUGCUGAGCACGCUGAUGCGCGAGGAGAGCUCUUCCUCGGACGAGGACGAGCGGCGAGAUUUCGCCAGCUUUGGGGCCAUGGGCUGCGUGGAUAUCAUGCCUUUAGACGUGGCCCUGGAGAAUCUCAACCUCAAGGAGAGCGGUACAGGCAGCUACGGCAGCAGCUCGAGGAGCUCUAAGGAGCCUCCACCGCCUCCUCUUUGAUGAUAUCCCAGCACCACGCAGACUUUGUCCUCUGUGCUGCUACUGCCAGUGAUGGGCGGGCGGUGCAGCAGGCUGUAUUUUGGUUUGUUUUUUGGUGAUUGUAAUUUCAGGUCUGUCACCUUUGUUACAUUGUGUACAACCAUAAAAAAGGAGAACGGGAGCGAUUGGGGAAAGUGCAAGUGGAUGAGUGCGCAGCGCCGAGCGAGCGAUGAAGAGAAAAUAAAUAUAUAAAUAUAUAUUAAAAAGUUGAUAAUCACAUAAUUUUUCUUUAGCAGGUCAGCAUUAGGUAGCCGUGGCAGACCUCUGCUUCCUGUUCUCAUGCAAAAGGCUCCUUUAUAAAUACUCCACAUUCAAAAACUGAAGAGGAAUCAGACACCCUCUGAUGAAGCUGCUGUGUGUAUUUAUGACUUAACUAAUAAAGUGCUUGAAUGGUU